GUUGGCAUUAGUGUCGACGGCGGCCAGAUCUGCAGCGGCAGAGGCCGGAUCUGCAACGGCGGAGGUCGGAUUUGCAGCAGAAGCGGCCGGAUCUGCAGGAGCAGUUACCGAUGAAUGGCGUCCACCAGAUCUGGCAACAUCUAUAGCGGCGAUGGCCAGAUCUGCAGCGGAGAUGACUAGAUCUGCAAUGCCGACGGUUAGAUCUGUAGCGGCGUCAAAUUCUGCUGCGGCGGCGACACCGGCCACUAGAGGCGGCGGUGGCCGGAAACAGGCGGCGGUGGCCGGCGACGAGUGGCGGUCCGUUGUUUUGUCAGUGGUAGUAGGUUUUGCCAAACUUUAGGGUACUUUUGUCCAAGUGCAAAUAAUAGCUCCUAUUUGGGGAAAUUUUAAAUUCAGGAUGAAUUGUUCAAAGUGAUGGGUGGC